AUGGCAGCGAGGACGGGAGCUGUGGUGGACGCGCGGUUCUGCGCGCCGCACGCGACGGAGUUCACCUUGACCAAGACGAAGAGCUGGUUCCGCGACUUCACCAUCACGGACGCCAGCGGCGCGGCGGUGAUGAAGGUGGACGCCCCCCCGUUCACCUUUGUCCGUCGCUCCAUCCUCGUCGACGCCGCAUCGCGCCGGCCUUUGGUCACCACGGAGCGCUCGCCGACCCUGUUCACGCUCGGCCGGAGGUGGGAGGCGUUCAAGGGGGACGGCAGCAGGCCGAGGGAUCUGCUCUUCUCCGCCGUGGUGCAGCCCUGGCUGUUCGUCAUCAGAGAGGUCCACGUCCACCUCGCCGGCGGCGACCGCAGCGAGAAGAACCCGGACUUCGUGAUCCGACUCAGUUCAUGCGGGCGCGAGUGGACAGUCUCCCGCGGCCGCUCCGACGGCGGCGCCGCCGUUGCCACGAUCAAGCGCACGACGGGGCUGUUCCUGUUCGAGGGGCUGGCUUUCUCCGUGAGUGUCAGCCCGGGCGUGGACCAUGCUUUCAUCCUGGCGCUCGCCGUGAUUCUGCACGAGAUACGUCAGGACGGAAUCCAGCGUGGACAGCACGCCGCCUUCUAA